AUCUCAUGUAUACAGAAAGGCAUUUUCUUGUUCUAAACUUACAUUUUUAGGAGGGUGGGGAUUUCAGCUUGCCUUUUAUCUGCUUAGGUUUUGUAAAUGUAUCACCAAAGGAAUUUGGUGAUAAACUAUUAAGUGUUAGGUGGCUUUGCAAGCAGAGGCAUGGGUAAGAAAAAAUGUCUCACACAUGGCAAGAGCAGAAAAUGGGAAAGCCUCCUUUUUACUGGCAGCUAAGUGUUGUUCCAGAGUAUCGUGGUAACUGUACAACCAACCAAUCCACUUGUUUAAAAAAUUUAAGAGCAGUAAGACUAAUUUGACAAUAGAUGAAAUAAUCUAUUAGCUAUUAUAAAGUACACAGUAAUCAGCUAAAUUCAAAUGCUGUCGUAUCUACUCACAUGAGAUAAAGAUGCCCGAUAUCCCACAGAACAAAAAUACCUAAUUUUAUUACCCUGUAUAGAAUUCAGAUGAAAACAAGAAGUGGCCUUAUCUUAGAACUGCUUUCAGUCGACCUCAUUUCUGUCAUGGGACAAGACAUUCCUUUGAAAGCCAAGAGUGUCUUUACCCUAGUCCAUUAAUUGGUUGAGAGGAGGUAACACAAGCAGGGACAGGGAAUAAAGGUGGCAACUAAACUUAAAAGUACAAAGGAAUCAUUCUAGCUAUGAGAAGAAGAGUCGAAUUAAGCUGCUAGUUGAGGUAAUGGCUGCCUCAUUCCCAACUGACAAUUCAUGACUGAACCACUAAAUUGCUAAAGGGAUCAUAAGAAAUUAAGACAAUGUUUCUCUGUAAAUCUUACCUCUGCCAUGAGGACUUGUAGAUAAUAGGCCUGGGGAAGAGGAAUGCUUUUCUGCUCCCAGCAUUUUUUUUUUUAAUACAGAUUUACAAGGGGAAGUUUUCAUGAAGAAUUUUUUUUUAAUGGGAUACAGUAAAGGAAUCUAUUUGACACUUGUCCUCAGAUGUUGGCAGUUUUCCUUAACUAUCCAGUUCCUCCUCUGUUGCUUUUUCAUUUUGUAUACUACAAGUUCCCAAGCAACUCCCAGAUUUAUAAACAUAGCUAUGGAUACACUAUUUGCUUUACAGCAGUUACCUGGAAAUCUAGGUCUCUGUUCUUGUUACUUUCCCCUUCCCUACAUUUCUUAAUCAUACAUAACAACAUUUGCAGUUAUAGGUUGAUUAACAAGUGCCUAAGUCUAUGGCUUAUGAUUUGUAGCCUCCAGUUUGAAGCAAGAGAAGAAUGAGUAGUCAGGAACUGGUUACUUUGAACGUUGGAGGCAAGAUAUUCACCACAAGAUCUUCAACCAUAAAGCAGUUUCCUGCUUCUCGGCUGACACGAAUGUUAGAUGGCAGAGACCAGGAAUUCAAGAUGGUUGGUGGCCAGAUUUUUGUGGACAGAGAUGGUGUUUUAUUUAGUUUCAUCUUAGAUUUUUUGAGAACUCACCAGCUUUUAUUACCCACUGACUUUUCAGACUAUCUCAGGCUUCAGAGAGAGGCUCUGUUCUAUGAACUUGAUCCUCUGGUGGAUCUCUUAAACCAAGAACACCUACUACAGCCAAGACCUGCUCUUGUGGAGGUGCAUUUCCUAAACCGAAACACUCAAGCUUUUUUCAGAGUGUUUGGCUCUUGCAGCAAAACAAUUGAGAUGCUAACUGGGAGGAUUACAGUGUUUCUAGAGCAACCUUCAGCACCGACCUGGAGUAGUAACUCUUUCCCUCCUCAGGUGACCUUACUUCCACUGCCUCCACAAAGACCUUCUUACCAUGACCUGGUUUUCCAGUGUGGCUCUGACAGCACUACUGAUAACCUAACUGGAAUCAGGUAUGUUUCUAUAAAACCUGAUAACCGAAAACUGGCCAAUGGAACUAAUGUCCUCGGCUUACUGAUCGACACUUUAUUAAUGGAAGGCUUCCGUCUGGUCAGCACCAGAACAGUAUCCUCUGAAGACAAAACUGAAUGUUAUAGCUUUGAAAGGAUAAAAAAGGCUGAAGCUCUUGCCAUGAACAAAACACUGAAACCAGAGACAACCUUCAUGCCAGAGCAAUCUCAGAAAAAGAAAUGA